AUGACACUUCCACAAAACACCGCAGAAGAGAAAUCUUCCAAUGGCUCAAAGUCCAUUAACCAUGAGGAGAACCAAUAUCUCGACCUUGUCAAAGAAAUCCUUGAAAGCGGCGAGCGUCGACCCGAUCGCACUGGCACAGGAACAUACUCCAUCUUUGCUCCUCAACCGUUAAAAUUCUCCCUUAACAACAACGGGACACCCAUUCUUCCUCUCCUUACCACGAAACGUGUCUUUACUCGCGCCGUUAUCGCCGAGCUCCUCUGGUUCAUCGAGGGCAACACAUCUUCCAACAGCCUCAGCGAAGCCGGUAUUAAGAUCUGGGACGGCAAUGGCUCCCGCGAGUUCCUUGACAACCUCGGACUGAACCAUCGUGAAGUUGGCGAUCUGGGCCCUGUGUAUGGUUUCCAGUGGCGACACUUUGGCGCCGAGUACGUCGAUGCCAAGACGGAUUACACAGGCCAGGGAGUAGACCAGCUUGCCGAGAUCAUCCAUAAGCUACGAACCAACCCCUACGACCGUCGCUUGGUUCUCUCCGCUUGGAACCCUGCCGACAUAAAGAAGAUGGUAUUGCCGCCCUGCCACAUGUUCGCCCAGUUCUAUGUGUCCUACCCUCGAAGCAGGGAUGACGACUCAGAAACCAAGCCCCAAGGUCAUCUCCAUUGUCAGUUGUACCAGAGAUCUUGCGAUAUGGGUCUUGGUGUUCCCUUCAACAUUGUUAGUUACGCCCUACUGACACACAUGCUUGCGCACGUUUGUGACCUGGUUCCUGGAAGUCUUACCCAUGUUAUGGGUGAUGCUCAUGUGUACCUCGACCACGUUGAUGCUCUUAAGAUCCAACUGGAGCGCGAGCCGCGAGACUUCCCAGAGCUAGAGAUUUCUCGAGAAAAGGGUGGAAGCAUUGACGGUUGGAAAGCAGAAGAUUUCACCGUCAAGGGUUAUGACCCUCAUAAGACAAUUGCGAUGAAGAUGUCUGUAUGA